ACUAGGGGGUCUAUGGUCCCGUGUCCGUAUAGCCUUUCUCACAGAAUAAGAAAGUGGGUUGGGUUUGUAGGCUUCUGUUGUGAAUGCUAGUUUCAGUUAGCUAACUAGAUAGUCAGCAAAGAAGCUAGCCAAGGCGGCUUAACUUUAUUAUUUUACAAUGUUUCAGCUUCACUUUGCACGUAGAUUACGUACUGGUAUUUCGCAAACGUUUAGUAUCCAAUUUGCUGCCCUCCGACGUGGGAGGCCUGCUUCUCACGCGUGUAGAAGGCUGCCAUUGAAGACCCAAGAGCAAUUGUAUCACACUGCCAAAAGGUCGUUUCUCAAUGAUGCGUCUAACAAGGUACAGUUAGCCUCUAUACAGCGGAUGGACCGCAACUUGUCUACAUCCUCCACCUGCCACUCUGAAGAGGGGAAGCUGAUCUAUUCAGGGAGCCUCGGCAACGCUGUUCGAGGUGUGAAGAUGUUCUCCUACACCAGUAGCGGGGCCAGCCUUUGUGUGAUGCCAUACAUCCUUCUGAAGACGGGCAUCGGUGUUCAGAGUCUGGUGCUGAAAGGUGCCUUCUGCGGUGUCAUCGGUUUCUUUACAUUCCUGACUCCAAUCCUCCUCCACAUCAUCACCAAAGGCUAUGUGGUCCGCCUGUACCACAACCAGGACACUGACACAUACACAGCUGUCACUUACAAUGUCCUCCUGAUGGAGAAAAAGACUGUGUUCCGUCAGAGUGAGGUCAAGAUACCGAGUGUCAGCAAAAUGUUAACCACAUUCUAUGCCGACAAGAAGUCUAUGCUUGUGAACCCGAUGCUGUUCCCACUUCCUCAUGACUAUAACCACCUCAUGGGUUACGAUAAGCCCUUUUCAUUUGAUACGGAAGACUUGGAUGAUCAUCCAAAUAAAAGUUAAUCGAUUUCUACAGAUAAUGGCAGUCUAAACUGCUGAAUGGUGUGUGUGUGUGUGUGUGUGUGUGUGUGUCUACAACUAACUUAAAGUGUAGUCGCAAUAGCAUGUUAAAGAGAACCAUUGAAAUGUUGGUGACUAGGAAGAGGUCAUGUACAGAUGUAGAGGAGUAUUAUGGUAAAAAAAAAAAGGCUAAUGGAUAAUGUCAUUGUUGGAAAAGUACAUUUUGCCUGACAUGACUGUUUUGAGUUUUUUUUGUGUUUUUCUGCUUCAAACAAUGCCUCUCUUCAGAAAAACACUGCCAGUUUUCUGAUGGAAAAAGGACAAGUUCCUACUUAUGUUUGGGCACUGUCUAGCAGUUUGUAUAUUGCAUGAAAACAGGAGACCGGCAGUCAAACCAUUGAGUAUCUUUCCAUUUCAGUUGCAAUAAUUACCAUAAUGUUUCAAAUCCUGGGUAUUGUUUUAAGUUUUUUGGCUGCUUAUGGACAGAGAUUGCUUUGCUUUUCAGAACGUAUCGAAGCCUGGUAUACUUGGCAUGGUAGGACAGCACUUUCCAUAUACUUAUCUAGUGUGACCAAAUAGAGAAGAAUGUACAACAUUUUAUAACAUUUAGAUAAAUCUAGUAAGGUAGUACCAGAACUACUAGGUGUCUGGAAGUUGUUUGCUAUAUUUAAUCUGACACUUUUACCAGGGGCAAUUUUUAAAUCUUCUGACAAUGUCACCCUGCAACAAUGGAGUGACAGUAUUUGCAGUUACCUACUCAGUGAUUUCAUGUGAGAAUUUAAGUUGAUUUAUUUUUCAAUAUACAUUGUAAACACUU